GGCCAAACCCCACCUUCCUGCCUGCAGAGCCAGGGCAGCUGAGCUAGCUCUGCAGUCAUGAGCAGCGGGUAGGGAGGCUCCCAGGAAAGCCAGGAGAGGAGCAAGGGAAGCGCAGGCCCCGCUCGGGGAAGAGCCCACGCAAGGGAGGUGUUGAAGCUGGUGCCACCUGUACCUGGUCAGCUGCACUAUGAUGCCCUUCGGGGGAAUUGCUGCCCGGCUGCAGAGGGACCGUCUGCGAGCUGAGGGGGUUGGCAAGCACCACAAUUCCAUCAAGUACCUCAACCAGGACUAUGAGACCCUGAAGCAGGAGUGCCUGGAGAGUGGCACCCUCUUUGCGGACCCCCAAUUCCCAGCUGUCCCCUCUGUCCUUGGCUUCAAGGAGCUGGGACCACACUCCGGCAAGACCCAGGGGGUGUGCUGGAAGCGCCCAUCGGAAAUCGUGGAUGACCCCCAGUUCAUUGUUGGAGGUGCCACAAGAACAGAUAUCUGCCAGGGGGCUCUGGGUGACUGCUGGCUGUUGGCUGCCAUUGGCUCCUUGACCCUCAAUGAAGAGCUCCUGCAUCGUGUGGUGCCCCAUGGGCAGAGCUUCCAGGAGGAGUAUGCAGGCAUCUUCCAUUUCCAGAUCUGGCAGUUUGGCGAGUGGGUGGAUGUGGUGGUUGACGACCGGUUACCGACCAAGGAUGGGGAGCUGGUGUUUGUGCACUCAGCAGAGUGCACCGAAUUCUGGAGUGCCCUGCUGGAGAAAGCCUAUGCCAAGCUGAAUGGCUCCUAUGAGGCCCUGUCAGGGGGCAGCACCACAGAAGGCUUUGAGGACUUCACCGGUGGCGUGGCAGAAAUGUACGACCUCAAGCGGCCACCCCGCAACCUAGACAGGGUCAUCUGCAAGGCUCUGGAGAGAGGCUCCCUGCUCGGCUGCUCCAUUGACAUCACAAGUGCCUUUGAUAUGGAAGCAGUGACCUUCAAGAAGCUGGUAAAGGGUCACGCUUACUCUGUCACCGGCUUUAAGGAGGUGGACUACCGCGGGCGCCAGGAACAGCUUAUCCGCAUCAGGAACCCUUGGGGUCAGGUGGAGUGGACCGGAGCAUGGAGUGACGGCUCCUCUGAGUGGAACAACAUUGACCCCAGUGACCAAGCGGAGCUGCAGCUGAAGAUGGAAGAUGGAGAGUUCUGGAUGUCUUUCCGGGACUUCAUGAGGGAGUUCUCCAGACUGGAGAUCUGUAACCUCAGCCCUGAUGCCCUGACCAAGGACAACGUGAGCAAGUGGCACACACAGUUGUUUGAGGGCACGUGGCACCGGGGCAGCACUGCCGGGGGCUGCAGGAACCAUCCAGCCACAUUCUGGAUCAACCCCCAGUUCAAGAUCAAGCUCCUGGAAGAGGACGACGACCCUGGGGACAAUGAGUUGGCCUGCAGCUUCCUAGUGGCUUUGAUGCAGAAACACCGGCGGAAGGAGCGGCGCGUGGGGGGCGACAUGCACACCAUUGGCUUUGCUGUUUAUGAGGUCCCUGAGGAGUCCCAGGGCUGCCAGAACGUGCACAUGAAGAAGGAGUUCUUCCUUCGGAACCAGUCCCGUGCACGGUCAGAGACCUUCAUCAACCUGCGGGAAGUGAGCAACCACAUCCGGCUGCCCCCUGGCGAGUACAUCAUCGUGCCCUCCACCUUCGAGCCACACCAGGAAGCUGACUUUGUCCUGCGCGUCUUCACCGAGAAGCAGUCAGAUACAGAGGAGCUAGAUGAGGAGAUCUCAGCUGAUCUUGCUGAUGAGGAAGAGAUCUCUGAGGAUGACGUGGAGGACGGCUUUAGGACCAUGUUCAGGCAGCUGGCUGGAGAGGAUAUGGAAAUCAGUGUCUUCGAGCUCAAGACUAUUCUGAACAGAGUCAUUUCCAGACACAAAGACCUGAAGACAGACGGGUUCAGCAUGGAGUCCUGUCGCAACAUGGUCAACCUGAUGGACAAAGAUGGCAGUGCCCGCUUGGGCCUUGUGGAGUUCCAGAUCCUGUGGAACAAGAUCCGGAGCUGGCUGACGAUUUUCCGCCAGCACGACCUAGACAAGUCAGGCACCAUGAGCUCUUACGAGAUGCGCCUGGCUCUGGAAUCGGCAGGCUUCAAGCUGAACAACAAGCUACAUCAGGUGGUGGUGGCACGCUACACUGAUGCCAGCCUGGGCGUGGACUUCGACAACUUCGUCUGUUGCCUGGUCAAGCUGGAGGCCAUGUUCAGAUUCUUCCGCAGUAUGGACUCUGAGGGCACCGGGACGGCCGUGAUGAACCUUACAGAGUGGUUGCUGUUGACAAUGUGCGGCUAGGAGGAGAGAUGGAACCGUGCUGGCUGAGACGCCCUGGUGGGCUGGGCUGCCCCAAAGUGCCUCCCUCACCCCGAUUUACAGACACCCCUCCCGGCCCCUCUGCCUCCUGCCUGCGCCAGUCCAGCCUGAGUCUGCAGCUUCCUCCUAGCAAGAACUUUCACUCUAGCAUGCCCGUGGCCAGGCAGGGGGUUGGGACUCAGGAAGCAAGGCAGGCCAGAGGGGGACCCUUCUCCUGCUGUAGAUGUGGCUUACUCCCCACAACAGGAGGAUGGUGGGUAGGGGUGCAAUGUGUGUGGGCUUUGGACCAGCUACUCUGGGAGCCUGCAGGCCCAAUGGCCUGGCUACAGGAGGUGGAGGAGCCAGUACCCACCGGGGAUGGGGAAGGGAGCCUGCAGGUGCCCACUCCCUCUCCCUCCUCUACUGGCUCUUGCUGCUAAUUGGACUUUGCCAACUUUGGGUACUGGGAAUGGCCCCCUGGGCUGCUUUGCAUUAGUGUGGGCAGAAACCCUGGGAGGGUGGGGGUUGCCUGAAGCUUGCUCGGGGUUACUUAGAGAAAUAGGGUGGGGGCAUUGGCCAGGGGUCCCCUGGGUUUUCUUCCUGGCUGAGGGAGGGGAGCAUGGCCAGUCUUUGUGGUUAGAGAAAGACCCAUCCCAUCCCACCUAAGCAUUAGGCUGCUGCGCUUGCCACUGUAGCAUCCCAGCACUUCCCAAAGAUGAACCUGACCAAAGCAGUGAGCCCCUCGGGGUGAAGCUGCCUAGGUCCUGCCCUCACUGUUGCUAAUUCACUGCGUGGCCUUGGACCAGCCCCUCUCUCCUCCACACCCCAGCUCUCCAUUUUGGUUGCAGGAUGCAGUAGCUAGGUGCUGAAUGCUGCUUUGUGCCCCCAGGAAGACUCUAGGGGUUGUGAAUGCACAUGGCACAGCCUUACAGCAAAGCUUUGUGGCAUUGUUGCCCUGAAUACCCCACCCCCAAGUCUUGACAGGACCCAGGCCAGGAAGUCCCCUCCACCCAGCCAUUUCAUCCCUCCAAGAGGCUGCGGGGCAGUGUCCUCUCAGAGCCUGUCCUGUGGCGCAGUGCCCUGCACCACUGCCAAGCCAGCCUUGGUCCAGCUGCCCAGGACUAGGACAUCCUUUGGGCUGCUGUGUAGGGAGUAGUGGCCACAGGGCUCUUGUCCACUUCCUCCAGGAGAAGCAACCACUUUACACAUGGCCAGAGCAUCUACCCUCUGCCCUUUGGCCUGGGCUGAGCAGGAAGGGGCUUUGCCCAGCAGCAGUAGGGCUGGGACUGCCACUGGUUCAGGAUCCAUCCUGUUUGGCACUGCCCCUCAUGUUCUCCCAUUUGGCCCUUUUACACAGAGGCACAGUGGCCCCUGAAUGAGGGGUCUGCUCUCGCCCCCUUCCUUAAGCACCUCUACUCUGCUGCUGCAGGGUGGGGAGAGGGGGUGGCCCCAUCCUGAGCGCUGCUGUGUUGUUGAGGCGGGUGGGGUCUAUGGGUGUUCCCCCCCACCCCACCCAUCACCUCUGCAUCCCCGGAGAACAUGGCUGCAUCGAUAACCACUUCUGCCCCAACAGCAGACCUGCUUCCCGCUCACUGUGUACUCUGAGCAAUAAACAGAGAUCUCUACAAAC